GGAUGCAGCUCGCACGCUGAUCCGGAGUAGCACAAGUCUUUGCGUCACACGGACACACACUACGGAAGAUAACCGAGACCACGACCGACACCGGGGGACAAGCUUAACCUGCCGGUGGAACUUGCUUUAAUGCAUUUAGCCGUCGUUGCUGUCUUCUGGUUUAAAAAAAAAAGACUUCAACUCGCUACACCCGUAUUUCCGCCAAGAGGACUAAAUAAUACGCGGCGAGGAAUGCUAUCUGAGCAUCAAUGUUUCACUGGGGAAAGUGGAAGAAGAGGAUGGGAGCCAAUAGUUCGUCAAAGAGACCAGUUUUCGAUGAAAAGGAAGAUGUAAACUUUGACCACUUUCAAAUAUUGCGGGCCAUUGGGAAGGGGAGCUUUGGAAAGGUAUGCAUUGUGCAAAAGAGGGACACAGAGAAGAUGUACGCCAUGAAGUACAUGAACAAACAACAAUGUAUCGAGAGAGAUGAGGUCCGAAACGUCUUUAGAGAGCUUGAGAUCCUACAGGAAAUUGAACAUGUAUUUUUAGUAAAUCUCUGGUACUCAUUCCAGGAUGAGGAGGACAUGUUUAUGGUGGUGGACCUCCUGCUUGGAGGAGACCUUCGUUACCACCUGCAGCAGAGCGUCCAGUUCAGCGAGGAUGCAGUCAAACUUUACCUCUGUGAGAUGACACUCGCAUUAGACUACCUGCAGAGCCAGCACAUUGUCCACAGAGAUGUCAAGCCAGACAACAUUCUUUUGGAUGAGCAAGGUCACGCUCAUCUGACAGACUUCAACAUUGCGACAAUAAUAAAGGAUGGAGAGCGAGCAACAGCCUUGGCUGGAACCAAGCCAUACAUGGCUCCAGAGAUCUUUCAGUCCUUCAUGAAUGGAGGGAUGGGCUACGCCUUUGAGGUAGACUGGUGGUCAUUAGGGGUGACGGUCUUCGAAGUUCUGCGGGGAUGGAGGCCGUAUGACAUUCAUGCCAGUAACUCACUGGAGUCUUUAAUCCAGCUCUUUAGCACCGUUAGUGUCCAGUACAGCGCAGCCUGGCCUAAAGAUCUGGUUUCUCUUUUGAGGAAGCUACUUACAGUGAACCCAGAGCAUCGUUUCUCCAGCUUGUCUGACAUGCAGACUUCUCCCUACCUCGCUGACAUCAACUGGGACGCUGUUUACGAAAAGAAGAUGGACGCCGGAUUUGUUCCGAAUAAAGGUCGCCUCCACUGCGACCCCACCUUUGAGCUGGAGGAGAUGAUUCUGGAAUCACGUCCCCUUCACAAGAAGAAGAAAAGAUUGGCCAAAAACCGGUCUCGAGACAACAGCAAAGAUUCACAGUCUGAGAACGACUAUCUACAGGAGUGCCUUGAAGCGGUGCAGCAAGAGUUCAUGAUCUUUAACCGUGAGAAGUUGAAAAAGCGCCAAGAGGAGGGUCAUUGUGAGACUGGGGGUGAUGAUGCCAGUGGAGAUGGCGACGCGGAGGCCACAGGCACGGACGACGACGCGGCCGAGCCUGAACCUGAGCCCGAGCCUGGGAUGGAGCCCGAGCCCGAGUCUUCUUCCAAAUUGAGCAUGUGUGGCUCGGUGUGUUCCUCCCCAGGCAGCUGCUAGCGCCACAUCAGCUUAUGAUGUAGGGCGAAGGUCUCUCUCUCUGCCAUGCCCAUGGAUACAUUCUCUCCUCUCUGCUUAGUAGCCGUAGCUGACAGUAGACAGUAGCCACGACGGGAGGAAACACACAGCAGGGGGGAUUGACGCACUGCAGGACCCGAUUAGUUUUUGGGUGGGUUUUUUUCAGUAGCACCAUUCCCGGUCAGGCGUAAAUGAAGCGGAUUCUCCACCUCCUUGUCUGCCCUUCAUCAUGCUCUAACUUCUAUGCAACUUUGCAACAUAGUAUGACAAACCAAGUAUCACCCACUCGGAGGUUAAGUGGAAUGCUCCGCAAAGAUGAUGACAUCCCCAGCAAUGUUCAUGAUAUUUUGGGGUCUUCGGUGGUUUUAGCGGAGAAUGCUUCUUAACUCCUCCACUUCAGAAUCAUCCUGGGAUGACUGAAUUAUUCAGCACACGCAGGCAGUUUUACAGUUUUGCCUGUCUCGACUUCACUCUCCCUCUCAGCCUCUCUUAUGUCAUGUGUGUCCCAAUUCAGAGCAAUUGUGUGUGUGCGUGUGCUCGAAUGCAACACCUUCAGAAAAAUCUUUGUUUAUGCAGCAGUGGCAAACAUUGUCUUAAGUUGCAUUUACUGAUGAUUGUUUGUACUGAUCCCAUUCUAACCAUGGGUCAACACCAACUUUCCGACUACAGUGGAUGCCCACAUAUUCGCGAUCAACAUUUAUUUGUGGGAAAACCCACUAUUUUGGGCUUUUAAUUGAACAUAAUUAGGCCAUACUGGUAACAAAAACAUCUGAUUUGCCCUAAAUUGGUAACACUUGAGUUGCGCAUAAAGUACUCAGAAGCAAACUUCAAUUUGCUUGAGAAGAUGCUCUUUACGUGCAGUUAAUAUUUACACUCUUACUCACACAUCACAAACCAACAGCUCAUCAACCCAAAUGCCUACCUCACUCACAAACAUGACACAACAAGUAACACAUUUGCAACACACAAUGUAACUGUACCGCACGGACUACGGAAGUAUAUAUCGUAUAGUAAGUAGAGGCUUAUAUACUAAUAUACAUGGAAAAACAGUAUUUUAUACUAAUUUAUAACCGGCAAGGCAAGCUGAGAAGUCCACUCGCACACUUCCCCAACAGGAAGUUACCCCGCAUGCCUUGCAAGUUAUAAACCAGAACACAUUUACAGCAACACACAAGAGCACGAGUCUCAUUUAUGUCUUAAAAAGCACUUAUUUUCUCUUAUUAUGUCUGCUAUAUUGGGUAAUAUGAGUGUAAAGGUGACUAUAGGGGUGUUAUUUCAUGUCUAGAGAGCUCUAAUAAUGCUAAAAACUGAACAUAUUGUAUUCAUAAAUAAGGAAUCCUACUUCCUGGAAAUUCACUUUUCGGGGUUGGGUCUGGAACUAAUUAAUCGUGAUAAACGAUUAAUUAGUAGUAGUAGAUUAACGAUAUCAUUGUAGUAUUGUUUUGCAUGUAUUUCUAUACCCGCAUAGUCAGUGUGGUGCAGUUACAUUGUGUGUUCCUCAUGUUAUUUUUGGUUGCACUGUGAGUGAAGGGGGCGUUUGAUUUGAGGACCUCCUGUUAGUUUGUGUUAGUGUCAAUCCAGACAAUUUAAUGGACAUCUUAAUUGUUCGUGUCUUUCGGCAUUCACAAAUGGUCUGAAUGCAGCUUGCACAAAUAGUGGGGAUCUACUGUGGUAGCCCACUAUUAUUUCUGAAAUACAUGUGCAAAGAUGAGUACGUUGAUGAAAUAUUUAGCUUGUCAUUGUGUGUGUAAAAUGACAAAGAUGAAGUAUUCCAUACCUGCUGCAUUUUCUGACUUAAAGGAAAACUGCACAUUUUUAAAAAUUUUGCCCAUCGUCCACAAUCUUUAUGUGAGAAAUCAACACACGUCUUUUUCUUUUCUGUGCCUUGUAGAGAUAUAAAAACAGAUAAAAAGAGGCAACUCAUGAAUGCACGUAAUGGGACACACCUAUUCUAGAAAGCUUGCUAUUAAAACACCUCCAAAAUCCUCCAGAAAGGUUUUUAUGGUUGUCUAUAUACAGUAUUUUGCCGUAUUUUGGUAAUUUUAAGCAGACCAGAACUUCCUUCUUGGGUGCAUUGAUUUCACAUAGCAACAGUGAAAGGAACGCUACACCUAGCGUUAACUUAUCCUAACUCAAGAAGAAAAACACAGCAGAAGUGGCUGCAGCAGUAAUAUGUAGCCUUACCUUUAGCGUGUGGUGAAGCUAGUCGCUAGCCGGCUAGUAGCUAGGCUGUGUGGUGUGGUGAGGUGUCACUACACUAGUAAAGUAGUUCUUCGGUGUAACAAUGUUAAUAACAAUGUCGCGACCAGUCCAGGGUGUACGCUGCCUCUCGCCCAAAGUCAGCUGGGAUAGUCCACCAGCAUACCCCUGCCACCCUAGUGAGGAAAAGCGGCAUAUCUAGAAGAUGGAUGGAUGGAAUAACAAUGUCGCUGUAGCUUGGUUAGUUAAUAUGCAGGUCACAUUAUGUAAAUGCAGUGUUGUUUUUGGAGGUGUUUUUGGAGGUGUUUUCAGAAGGCUUUCUAGGUGGAAUAGUUGCGUCCCGUUAUGUGUAUUCUUAGCUGCCUCUUUUUACAUGUUUUUAUAGUUUUAGAAUGCACAGAAAACAGAAAGACGUGUGUUUAUGUCUCACAUAAGGAUUUUGGAUGAUGGGUAAUUUUUUUUUUUUUUUAAGUGCAGUUUUCCUUUAAGAUGUGCUGCUCUUGGGAGUAAAUAUCAAGAACGGAAGAAAUUAUUUUGCCUCUACAAGUGCUCUGAUAGGUCACCAUCCCGUAGAACUCAUCACCUGGGUUCGUAAUUUAAUGUCAGUAUUGCCAUAGUGAUAGUGGAACAUUUAAGGUGGUACCUUUAGUUUCACUUUAAACAUGUAGCAAAGGUCCACCUUAACAUCCAUGAUAAUAUUAAAGCCUUGUAAAUAGCAUACACUGUAGGUAACUUCACCACAGUUUUAUGUGGGACUGCAAACUGGACAUUAAACGUAAAAAAAAAAAAAAAAGGCAUGUGAAGUCAAUCCUUCAUAUGGCUUCAUUCUGCUGUUCGCUCCAAGUGUGCAGGCACAACUUGUAGGCAAAAUAUGCCAAAGCUUUUCUACCAUUUGCAUAACCAUUUCUAAGUGUGUGAAUGUAUAUUUUCUUCUCUGUAUAACAUAGAUUCAAUAGUCUAGAUAAGAUCAUAUCGCCAGUAUGUAGAAACCGUCAGGGACGGAGGAGAUUUAACAACCAAGGCGCAAAAGAGGUGAAUGAUUCUGUCUGCCUUUUAAGGCCGUUAGCUUAGUUUAGCAUCACUUAAACACAAUAAUGUUGAGAAAUGGAAUCCUAUCUUCUGUUUUUUUAAUACAUCAUCUACAGGCAGUUUCACAAGCUUGCUUUUAUCCCUGUGGUUGUCUUGCAGGCCUUUCCUAAAAUAUUGUCCCAGGCUAGUCUGGAAGGGUAACCCCUUCUCCUUCCGCAUCUUCUUGUAACAGCGCACGGAAUCCAUGACCCCUCCAGCAUUCAUUAGCAUUCACUAAUCUUUAUCCUGAUGGUCGCAACAGGUGAGCGGUAAGGACCAAAAUAGUGGCCAAUAUUGGUGGCCAUGUUUUUUUUAGCUUUUUAUGAUGUUCAUUUUCACUUCCACAGUGAUGACUUUAAUUGGGAGACAUAAUGAAGUGCAAAACGUUAACUAAUCAACGACGUUCUUCUUCCUCAGUGUAGCUGCGCAGGCACAUACUGCAUUCUUGUGCUGUAUGCAGCACGUAUUCUUCCGCCAGGGCGCGCUGUAACUAGUUCUUGAGAGAGUAUGGGUUUCACGGACCAAAAUAAUGUUUUGUUUAGUUUUGGGGUUUUUUCAAAACUUUGUAAACAGAGGACCACCUGUAGUAAAUAAACAUACAUUAAUGCCUCACUGCUUUGCGCUUUGAGGCUUUUUUGUGGCUCCACUCUGUCACGGUUUUUCAAAAAUAAAUCAAGUUAAUAAGAUAAUAUGUAAAAUAUCUUAGUUAAAUCAUGCUGUUUUGUGGUUUAAUGGGCCUAUUAUUUGUAUAAAAAAAUAUAUAUAUAUAUGCUCUUAAGCAAAUUUGACAUAUUUUUUGGAUAAAUGAAGCAUUUUCAAGCAUAAGAAUGGCUAAACAAAGUAAAAUAUAAACAUAAGGUAUUCCGAAGACACAUACAAGGACAAUGUGGUGAUAUGUAGUAUUCUACACUGGUCACUAGGUGUCAGUAAUGUUACUGUCACGUUCGGUGGCCUCAACUCUGAACCCCCGACAUCACGUCCUGUCAAGUAGCACCGGAACACAUCUCCAGCAACACACGCGAGCACGAGUCUUAUGUAUGUCUUAAAUGGCUUAUUUUCUGUUAUCAUGUCUACUGUGUUGGGUAAUACAAGUUUAAAAGUGGCUGUAGGAGUGCUAUUUCAUGUCUAGAGGGCUCUAAUAGUGUUAAGAACCGUAUUUACAAUGUCGUAAACAGGUUUCCUGUGCUUUAACUACGAAAAUAUUCAUUAAGGAAUCCUACUCGCAAAAAUUCAGUUAUCACAGUCGGGUCUAGAACCAAUUAACCGCAAUAAACGUGGGAUUGCUCUAUUAGUUUACUAAUAUGUAAGUAAUUGGUUAUUUAUUGAUUUUUACUGUACAUAAUGACCGUAAUGGCCCCUUGAGAUUGGGUUUCCAGCACACGCCCCUAGCCUGUUGUGCUGCACCUGCCAAGUAUUGAACCUUUUUAACCCUUUAGGGCCACUGUAGUUUUGUCUUGUGGUCUGUCAACCUUAACAUUCGCCAAAACAAAUCAGUAAGUGUGUGUGUGUGUGUGGCUACCCUCAUUUAUAUACACACACAUCAGUCUGACAAGGGAAAUAAAAUAGGUAGAGUAGUAGAGAUAUUAACUAAUGACAAACAUGGACUCUUAAAAGGGGAAGGGUGCGAGCCAGCAGCUACUAUCAAGGCAAGCUGCUAAACUAAGAUAAGCUAAACACCCUUUUUCUUCUACGUCUAUUGCGCUCUUUAAAAAAAACAACAACAACAAAACAGUGUGUUAUCCAGUAUGUUGAACUGUUUAUUGAACAUACAUGUUUGGAUUGAAAAGGUAGCAUCUUCCAAAUCUCUUUCAUUUUAUGUUUCAAUCAUUUUGUUUGCAUGUACAUUUACGGUAUAUGCUUGUAUUAUGCCAAAGCCUGCAGCUUGAUUGGUGCAUGCACAAGCUGCCGAUGAUAGCAUACCUCACUGUUCGCGCUGUAGUUGGCUCACUUCAAAUAUGAGUGUGUGACUCUUUCUGAACGUUAUAUAAAUCUGGUAUUACAUAAACGGCAUGAUAUUGUUGUAUGAAAUGAAUUACCUUCGGGCAUCCUGUAGGUUGUUUCGAUCAUUCUAAUGUUAAUAUAGCAUUCAUAUUUGCAUAGUUUGCUCCUGGGCUCCCCCUACAGGUUUGUUUUUUUACUUGUCAUUGGGAUAAAUACAUUUUGACAAGCUAAACUGCAUGAUAGCAUUAUAUUUUGGUAUAAACCUUCACUGAUUAUUUUUAGUUUAAGCCCAAGCUGCAAUGUUAACAUUGAUACCAAUGCUAACACAGGGGUGUCCAAACUUUUUCCACUGAGGGCCACAUACUGAAAAAUGAGGUUGAUAUGAACUUAUGAUAUUUUGGAAAGCAACACACGUAGAUAUGCUAAGAAGUUAUAUAUAUUUUUAAAGAAAGAACUGCAUCUCUCCAUUUUGUUUGUUUCUCUCAUGACUUUAUGACAUUUUUUUUAUAUUUCAACUCUAUGUGACUUACAUUGUUUUUCCUCAUAAUAUUAUGGCAUUAUUCUCGUAAAAUUAUGACUUUUUCUCAUUAGAAUAUGGCUUUUUUCCUUUAAUAUUUUUUUACUUUAUUAUCAUAAAAUUACAGCUGUUUCUUUUGUUUGUGCUGUGUUUUUUUUUACAUUUUCCAAUUUUUUUCAAAUUAAAACUUUUUUUGAAAAAUAUUUUUUUUAUAUUUCAACUUCACUAAAAUGACAUUAUUUUUCCCUCAUAUUAUUGCAACGUUAUUUUCAUAAAAUUAUGAUUUUUUUUCCAGUUUAGAUCAGAACUUUUUUUCUCUUAAUAUUUUGACUUUAUUCUUGUUGCAUUACUGCUGAUUUUUGCUGUUGUUUUUUUGUUUGUUUGUUUGUUUGUUUGUUUCUGUCUUUUCUUGUGAAACUGUACUUUUAGAAUGUGGCACGGUCUUCAUAUGACCCCUGGGCCGCACCUUGGACACCCCUGCGCUAACACAACACGUUAUUAUGGACCACUUAUGUACCUGAUCCGGGCUAUUAGAGACAGUAAUUAAACCUUUUUGGAGGAAUUACGCUAGCAUACAUAUUGUUUCUUUAAUGAAGUAUCAAGGCUCAUUCACUUGCUGGAAUAAAUUAGGGCUCACGUUCAUUAAAAAUAAUCUACACACCAUUCUAAAUCAGUAUAAGCCUGAGGUGGACGUGUGCAUAGUAACUAACUAAUAACAGUUAAUUUGUAGCUUCCGAUUCUUCUGGGGAUUUGCUGUAAUUUGAUAGCAGUGAUCACUCUUAAUUUGACAUUGCUUGCUGACCCUGUUCUUUUGAUGUGUUCAUGUUUUGGAUGCUCUUAAGUGUUUCUACAAGGCUUUGUGCUCGUACUUGACCAGCAAAGCAUGCCUCCUAUUCCGGUCAAUGCCCUCCCUCAAAAGUAUGCAGAAGUGUAGAUGUGUCCUGUUAAGAUGGAGGUGAAGACAAUGCAAUUCAUGUAACUCCUUUCUUCCAUAUGAUCCCAAGGUGCACAUCAUAUUUGGUGUUCAACCGGAUUUGUAUGAAGGGUUUAGUGAAAAGCAUUGUACUGUAAACUUAAUGGAACUGCUUCUGUGUUCAAAAAAUGCUGCUUUAAUGCUUUCAUCGAGAAAUAAAACUUCUUCCUGGAAGAUGGUGUUUGAGUCGUUUAUC